GCAGAUUCUCUUCAUCAACAAACAUCACCAAAAAAAAAAAAAAAACCUCUCUUAAGCCGAACAAAGAGAGAACACAAUUAUUACAAUAUAUAGUUGAAAGUAACAAAAAAUCUACAAAUGGUGAAGUUCAAUACAGAGAAGCCAGUUGCAGAGAGAAGUGACUCAAAAUACAAGGGUGUUAGAAAAAGAAAAUGGGGCCGGUGGGUGUCUGAAAUCAGGCUACCGAAUAGCCGGGAAAGAAUUUGGUUAGGAUCAUAUGAUUCGGCUGAAAAAGCAGCACACGCUUUCGACGCAGCCCUUUUCUGCUUGCGCGGCAACACAAUGAAGUUUAAUUUUUCGGAGAACCCUCCAAACAUAGCAGGUGGCGGCUCACUUUCUCCCUCUGAGAUUCAAGAAGCUGCCGCGAGGUUUGCCAAUUCGGAGCCCCAAAGAGGCCAAUCCGGUAAGCUCGAGGCGGAUCAAUCCACAUCUGUGUCCGAAUCUCGACCGGAAUCACCUUGUCUUUCGGCAGCAUCAGAUGGUACUGUCCGAGACAUGCCAUUUUUUGAUAUGGCAAUGAGUACAAGUUCGAGUAAUCACCCCACAGAGUAUGGGAUAUUUCCGGGUUUUGACGAUCUUCACAGUGGUUUUUUUGCGCCAUCAUUUUUACCCAAUCUUGAUCAUGGAGAGGGGUUCAAUCUCGAUGGUGUUUUGGAAGAAGAUUCGUUUCUUUGGAAUUUCUAAAGAGACUUUGCUUUUGGUCAGAAAUCCUGGAUAGUUUUAGUCCCCAGAAUUACUGACAAAUUCUUUUUGACCCACUUAGGUGUAAUUGAUGGACCAUCUUGAAACGGCCAUCCUCCAUCGCCUUCAUUGCUCUGAAUGCAAGUCAAGAGUUUCACGAUAAUGGUGUUACGUUUGUAGAUUUUGCAAGUUAUUGUCUUGACAGUAAAUAUAAAUAAAAGAAGAUUUUUUUAUAAAAUCAUUAUUUUGAUUAAA